CGAAGAUAACGCUUCGACGCAUAUUGAGCAUCAGUCAAAGAUUUGGCAGUUGGUGACAGAGCGAGGGGCUCACAUCGAGAUCCACCCGGACCCGCGGACGGAGCCAACCACCAUGAUGCAAAGUCUGCAGCAGUCUAACGACAGCGAGUUCGAGCCGCCGCAACUGGAGCUUCCGACGCGUAAAGAGCGCAAGCCUGUGUGCAAAUGGACGGAGAAGGAAGAUCUCAUGAUGCUCAAGCUAGUGCAGAAGUAUGGCACGCGCCACUGGACCAUUAUUGGCACCAAGCUGCCUGGGCGCAACGGCAAACAAUGCCGCGAAAGAUGGCACAACCAGCUUGACCCCGCAAUCCGCAAGGAGCCGUGGACUCCCGACGAAGAGCGUAUCCUCAAGGAAUUGCACGACAAGUUCGGCAACAAGUGGGCGGAGAUCGCCAAGAUGCUGCCUGGCAGGACAGACAACGCCAUCAAGAACCACUGGAACUCCAGCAAGCGGCGUCUCAAGCGUGGCUUCACUCCGGCGGCCGCGUCGCAACGCAGGCGCCGCGAUAGCUCCAGUUCGGAGAGUUCUCCCAGUGGGGAAUUCCCAGAGCUGCAGUCGCCUGUGUCCGGCAGACUCAACGACGUCUACCCGCUCAACACUCUUCUCACAGACCAAGUGGACUUUGCCAGUCUGUACCCAAACAGCUUUCUGCAAUCCCCUCUUGCCAUCCAAACAGCUCAACUUGGAAGUCCACAUAGGGCUCUGUGCUGGACACCAACGGAUGCGACAUACAACCGCCUAAACACCCUGUGGAACAUCCCGGCGUUGCCCAAUUGGGUCUCUCCUGGCUUGAUCAACCCUCUGAACAAGGCCACAACCAUCGAGCCGUGUAGAACUAAACAGGCGUCCGACCGAGCUAUGAACGGAAAGCGUCUGUUAGACGACACGAAUGAGGGUAACGAGAACCAUUCGUCGUCCAAGCCUGAAGCGAAGAAGCUGAAGAAAGACGACCCGUCCCUGGAGAUCCUGGCCAACGCGGCGCUGCUGCAGUCGAUAGGUCACACGGUGUAGCUGCUGCAGCGUUUUUGGUAAGGAUCGAUGCGUUUCAUAUGUGUACGUGGCAGCCACUCUUUAUUAGUACUCUUGGUUUUCGAUAUUUAGUAAGUAAAAACAUUUUUUUUUCCGUGUUGCCGU